AUGUCUGGAGCCGCAAAGAGGGUAGCAGCAUCUUCUGUCAACUGGUCCAAGUUGGGUGAGUAGUUUCAAACAAAAUUCAUAUUCUAAACUGUUAAUUUUUAGCUGAGCGUCUCGUCCCAGAGCACGCCGCCGAACUUGUCCGUGUCAAGGGAGUCAGUGGAACUUUCCAAUCGGCCGUCAGCCAACUUCCAGCUGACCUCCCAAAAGUUGACUUCGCCGCUUUGAAGAAAUCUCUCCCAGCUCACUCUGCUGUCAUCGAUUCACUCCAAAAGCAAUAUGAAGCUAUCAAGAUCCCAUAUGGAGAAGUUCCAGCCGAAUACUUGAAGGUAUGUAUUGGUUUAAGAAUUAAGAGGUGUAAAUUACGUGGUUUCUGACGAGAAACCGAAGUUUUGAGCAUAUCUUCAUUACUGUUUUUAAUCGAUGCACAAGUGCAUUAAUUUUAGGAAGUUGACCAAUGGGUUGAGUUCAACAAUGCCCGUAUCCAAUUGCACGACACCAAAGUCGCUGACGGUCUUCAAGAAGCCAAGAAGGUCGAAGAGAAAUGGUCAAAGGCUCCACCAGUUGAGCACUUCGAUCGUCAACACUUUGUCGAAUAUUUCCCAGCUCACUUCUACGAUCUCCGCUACCAAAACAGGUAUGUUUUACAUUUUCCGAAUGUUUCCCUAUUUAUUGAAUUUUUCCAGAAUUCCUGACCCAUGCAACGUUGGAUUGAACGAAACAACUGAAAUUGAGACUAGAUUCAAGGACUACAAGGUAAUUAUUUAUAAUUUGUGAUAAUCAAUUGAAACGAGUUUCGUUUUUUUCUGAUUUGAAGACAAUAAUAUAAUCAAAUCAAAGAUCGCUUACGGUUUCAUGAUAAUUUCUAAUCAAUGCAUUAGUUCCACAUGAAAUUCAACAAUUUUUCAGGUUUUGCGACGUGCCGACAAAGUUGACGACCAUUAA